AUGGCAGUAUUCGCUCUAAUAGCCCUCCUAAUCGUAGCACUGUUAUUCUACAACUACUACUGGAAACGCAAAGAUCUACCCCCAGGCCCAGCACCAAUACCCCUACUUGGCAACGCGCUAGCCUUACAAACCAACAAACAUUGGCCUGGGUUGUUCCUAAAAUGGUCUCAAGAAUAUGGCAAGAUGUUCACUUACUGGUUGAGUGAAAUGCCAAUUGUAGCCGUUACUGAUACCAAACUGAUAAAUCAGAUGUUUAUAAAAGAAGGAGACAUAUUUGUUGACCGCUUCGAACUGGGCACACUGAAUGACGAUUGUCGUGGCGGCCAAUAUGGACUGAUAUUUGCGAAAUGGGACUUGGCCAGAGAUCAUCGAAGAUUCGGACUGAAGGUUUUUCGAGAUUUUGGUGUGGGAAAAAACAAAAUGCAAGAAAAUGUAAGUCUUUUUAGGUGAUAACAGCUUGGUUGGAUUGUAUUGUUGAGUUAGAGGAUGGCAGGGGCAUACCCAGUUAACAGAAAUGCAAAAAAUUUUCAAAAAAUUCCCUUUUUUCUAAAAAAAAAUUUUGCUAUUUUACUUCAUUGCCCACCUCCUAGAAUUUUUUUUACCCCGUGCAGCAAAAUUUUUGUUUUACUAUCUUCACCCCAAAUUUAAAAAAAAAAAAUUUUUUUUCUCACCCUUUAAAAUUUUUUACCCCGCCCAAAAAAAUUUUUCCGUUGCUUUAUUUGUAUGAACAUGUUUUGAUAAAAAAAGCUAGCCACUCUUAUUUGUAUAAAAAGCAAUCUUUAAAUCCUUAGCUAAAAUUUCCCCCUUCUAUAGUUAGUACUCGGUUAUGUUUAUGACUAACCUGUUCUAGCCCUAGCUCUAGCUCUAGCUUUAGCUUUAUCUCUAUCUCUAGCUCUAGCUCUAGCGCUAGCUCUAGCUCUAGCUCUAACUCUAGGUCUGGUCCUAUAUCUAGAUUAUGAAAGUAAGUAUAGGUAGUACUGUACAAUAAAAUAUUCAAAAACAAUUUUAGAUUCUGGCGGAAAUUCAAAAUUUUUUCGAAAAGAUUGACAAUGAAGCGUUGGGAAAGGAAGAGUUUGACUUGUUUCCGUUGACUGAUAUGGCAGUUGGUUCAAUUAUCAACAGUUUGUUGUUUGGCUAUCGAUUUACUGAAAACGUAAGCUAGAUUUACUUUAAUUAUUUGUAAAUUCUAGUACAGUAUAAGAACAUAAUGUAGUUUACUGUAUCUGUAAAUGCUGUUGUAGCCGCAUUUCUACCUACAUGUUUACUGUAAGCAAAUUUCCAGGGUAAAGAACAAGAAUUUAUCCGCAUGAAGGCCCAACUCCAUACCUAUGUGAACAGUUUUCUCCACCCUCUGAUCCGCCUGUGGGCCGGCUUUGGCCCAGCCAAGUAUCUGCCUUUCUGUCGAGCACCGUGCCAAGCUUUAGUCCAGACACAUAAGGAGAUCUUUGCUGACAUGGACAAACAUAUCAUUGAACAUAAACAGUUCCUACAUCAACAAGAUGACAAUUUCGAACCUCGUGACUAUGUUGACGCCUACCUGAUGGAGAAAAAGCGACUUGAAGCAAGUGGUGAAAGUAGUACCCUUUUCUCGGAUAUCCAGUUGAAGAAUAUAACCUUUGACUUUUGGUUAGCUGGGCAAGAGACUAGUAGUACCACUAUUAGUUGGGGCAUCGCGUUUAUGAUCCAUCAUCCUGAACAUCAGGACAAGGCUUACGAAGAGCUGCAGAGGGUUCUUGGCAGUGAUAGGCUUAUCACUACGGCUGAUAAACAUGAUCUUCCUUAUAUGAAUGCUUUGAUUAUGGUGAGUUACAGUACAAUAAGUACGUCAGAGCUUGAGAAGGGCUAUCAUUAGGGCUGGGGCUAGGGCUAGGGCUAGGGCUCUGGGGCUCUGGGGCACUGGGGCUCUGGGGCUCUGGGGCUAGGGCUCUGGGGCUAGGGCUCUGGGGCUAGGGCUCUGGGGCUAGGGCUAGAGCUACAUUUAGAAUCAGGGCACACAAUUUAAUAAAUUGAUUCAGGAAAUCCAACGCAGAGCAAACUUGAUAAGCGAAAACAUAUUCCGUGUGGCCAACCGUGAUUGCCAUUUUGGCGGAUAUACAAUUAGAAAAGGUCAGAUAUGUCUAGCCCAAUUGUCCGCCGUGCUGGAAGAUCCUGAUUAUUUCGAAAGGCCUCAGGAGUUUCGACCGGAGAGGUUUUUGGAUUCGAAUGGGCAGGUCCAAAAAUGCGACGAACUUAUUCCAUUCGGCGUGGGCAAGAGAUCUUGUGUUGGUGAAGCAUUGGCUCGAAUGGAAUUGUUCUUAAUUAUUGCUAAUUUGCUUAACCGGUAUAAGGUGAGUUUGCUUUGGUAAGGUAGGGUAGGUCAUAUAUAACACAAUUUUACUGUGUUUUAGUUUCUGCCAGCCAAAGAAUUGCCAAUUCUGGAGAAAUGGCCCACAGGCAUGGCAACCCUCCUCAGACCUUACAAAUGCAAAAUUGUUGAACGAAAACAUCUUUAA